AAUGCAAUCAGUUCAAAUCGUUGCAUUACUCUUAAGAGGUUCUCAUUUGUCAAGUUCGGUCGGAGCAUCUUCAACUUAACUUCAAUAAUGAAAUUCGUAAUUGUUUUUGUUGCUUUGUUUGCUGUAUGCGCUGCUGCCCCAGCUGGAAAUGAUGUUGCAGCAACAGCUGUACGUGAUACAAGGGCUAAUAAUGGACUCGAUAAAUACGAUUUCGACUUUGAAACCAGCAGUGGUAUUCAACGCCAGGAACAUGGUGUUUUGCAAAAAUUCGGUGAGAAUUCUGCUAUUGUUGUGAAUGGAGUAGCAUCUUGGACUUCACCCGAGGGAAUCGUUGUCGAGAUGAAAUUCACUGCUGACGAAAAUGGAUACCACCCAAUUCUUCUUAAUAUAAAACAAGGACACAAAUUUCUUAGAAAUCAUUCAGUAAUCAGUUAUCACAACGCUUACUUGCAACCAAAUCUCAAAAUGAAAUUCAUCAUUGUUUUUGUUGCCCUUGUCUCUGUGGCCUUGGCUGCUUCUCCAAUCUCCUCCGAUCCAAGAAGUGCUGAAGUCCUCCGUUACGAGAACACCAACAUUGGUGUUGAAGGAUACAACUAUGCCCUUGAGACAAGUGAUGGUAAAUCAGUAAGCGAAGAAGCUGUCUUGAAGAAUAAUGGCAAGGAUGGUGAAUCUUUGUCUGUUCAUGGCAAAUACAGUUAUGUUGGACCCGAUGGUGUCACAUACGAAGUUGAAUACAUUGCUGAUGAAAACGGUUACCAACCCCAAGGUGCUCAUUUGCCAAAAUAAAUAAAUGAUAACUGAUGAAAGCAA